CUCCCACAAACCACGCUUCUUUUUGUUGACAGUUUCAAAGGUCUAACUCUAAGUAUGAUAUAACUUGACUCGCGGUAAAAGGUCAGAGUUCAUUUGUCAUUUAACAUCUCCCCAGCAGAACAGCUUGCUACACAGAAGAAUGUCUGAAGAUGGUACACCUGUGUCAAGGUCAUAUGACACACGGUCAGGGUCAGGAGAUGAAAACCAGUAUGUGCUUUCAUUGGAUAUUGGGACAACGGUUCUAUGUUGUCACAUUUACGACAAAGAUGCCAAUAUCAAGGGAACCAGCAGACAGAAAGUAGAAAUCCUGCACCCUAAGACUGGCUGGAUGGAGAUGGAUCCUGACAGACUGGUUGAACAAGUGAUCUCGUCUGUGAAAGACUGCGUUAAAGCUUCAGGUCUCCAGCUUCAUCAGUUGAAGUGCAUGGCGAUAGCUACACAGCGGGGCACGUUCAUCACCUGGGACAGAGAAACGGGAAAACCUUUCCAUAACCUGAUAACCUGGCAGGAUUUGCGGUCUGCCAGUUAUGUGAAGACUUGGAACAGUUCUUACACCAUGCAGGGGCUGAACAGUGUAUCAAAGUUACUUCAUCUGAUUACACGAAAGAAACGCUUUCUUGCGGCCAGUGUUCUGCGAUUCAUGGCCAAGCAGGUGACUUUGAGAUUGCUAUGGGCACUAGACAACAUUCCCCAGCUGCGAAUAAGGGCAUCUGAAGGUCAGGUGAUGUUUGGGUGUAUUGACACCUGGUUGGUAUGGAAACUGACAGGUAAACAGGUGCAUGCGACAGAUUUCUCCUGUGCCAGCUCCACGGGUCUCUUUGACCCCUUUCAGAUAGAAUGGAGUUCUAUUGUGUGCAGCUUAAUCAACAUUCCCAUGUCCAUGUUUCCAGAAGUACGGGAUACAAGUGGUUAUUUUGGCGACACUGAUGCUGAUAUUCUUGGAGCUGCCAUACCCAUUACCUGUGUGGUGGCUGACCAACAAGGGGCGAUGUUUGGACAGUGUUGUUUUGACAUUGGUGACGUGAAAUGCACUCUUGGAACGGGCACAUUCAUUGACCUGAAUACAGGAAGCAAGCCACACGCAUCUGUAGCAGGUCUCUAUCCUCUGAUUGGCUGGAAGAUUGGAAGUGAGAUGGUUUUUAUAGCUGAAGGAAUAGCUGCUGAUACGGGUAUAACUUUAGAGUGGGCUCAAUCUCUUGGGUUUUUUGACGAUGUCUCGGAGACGGCCAGUUUAGCAGAAUCUGUUCCCAACAGUGGAGGUGUGUAUUUUGUGCCAGCUUUCAGUGGGUUACAGGCACCCAUCAACGAUGAUGGCGCCACGUCCUCCAUGAUUGGGAUGCAGCCGGACACAACCAAGGCUCACAUCGUCCGCGCCAUCCUUGAGUCCAUCGCCUUCCGUUUCAAGAUUCUCUACGAAACCAUCCUCUCCGAGACCAAGAUACCCAUAUCUCACAUGAGAGUUGACGGCGGAGUGUGUAACAACACGUUUCUCAUGCAGCUGAUGUCUGACCUGGUGAACAAGUCGCUCGAUCGCUCCAAGCACACCGACAUGACGAGUCUCGGGGCCGCCUUUCUGGCGGGUCUAGCUACAGGUAUAUGGAAAAACAAAGAAGAGUUGCGCAGACUUCGGACGUCUCACUGUAUCUACUCACCUCGGCCCACUUGGAAUCAGUACAAAGACACAUUUCACGAGUGGGAACGAGCAGUCAGCCGCUCGCUACAGUGGUACCGGACUGAUACUCCGGGAACCUAGGAAACCCUGGCUUGUUUUUACCACGAGUGGGAACGAGCAGUCAGCUGCUCGCUAACAGUGGUACCGGACUGAUACUCCGGGAACCUAGGAAACCCUGGCUUGUUUUCACCACGAGUGGGAACGAGCAGUCAGUCGCUCGCUACAGUGGUACCGUACUGAUACUCGGUAAAGCAGAGAAUGUAGAUCAGGGUCCCAUUCCAUGAAAGAAUUGUAGCUAAGGUUAAUUGUUGUGACCUGACCUUGUAAUUUUAUAACUGACAUCGUAAACUUUACAGCUGUUCUACAAAGCAACCUUACGGUAGUCUUGAGUACCCCUUUAAUGAUUAAAAUCUUCUUUGUGAAGAGGUGCAAAUUAGUUAACUAACAAAUUGGUUACCGACUUCUCAGAACAUCUUGGAUGUAUUCAUUGGUAUUGGUACUAACAAUAAGUUAAUAUCCUUCUUAGAAAAUGAUCAAAUCAUCAUCUAACUGCCAUUUGACAGCUACAUUAUCGGCUUACAACUGCCUUGUACCUAUUGUAAAUUUCCACCGUAAUUUACAAUGAUAGUAAGCUAUGCCACAUUGUUAAAAGGGCUGUCGAUCAUAGACAAAAAUUAAGGUCGCAAUGGUAGGUAUUUAUGGUGAUAGUAGUGCUAAAACCGCUUUCUGGAAUCUUAAUUGAAUAUAACUAUGCAUGAAAAUAGAUGAAAUAGAUGAUUUUUUUUUUUUAAAUGAUAAUGUAUAAAAUUUAGUUUCAAAAGCAUUUAAUAUAAUAACUGCUGUUAUAAAGAAUUAUGUUUUAAAAGAUGUGUACAUAUAUAAGUGUGUGUGUGUG